UUCAAGCUGGAGGAGACCAACGGCAUCCAGUAGAAGAGCUUGGACGUCAGAAAGUGAAUUCGAAGACGUACCUGGAGAAAUGGAUACUAGAAGAAAACACUGGAAGGAGAAUAUGUUUGCUCCUUCUUUCAGUGCACAGGAUGUUCUAGACGAGGCUUCGCAGCCUGAAUCGUCUUCGGAACCAGUGACUUUAGAUAAGGCCAGUAGAAUAGAAGGAAUUUACAACUUGUCUAGUAGAAAGUUUCAAGAAGAAAAUAAAUUCAAGCGGAAGGAACUUAUUUCGCAACUAAAUGAAAAAGAACAAGAACCAAAUUUAAGAGAGAGAAAGACGAACAUUUCAAAGAAUGAAGCAGACACGAAUGCUGUCUCCUGUGAAUCGUCUAAUUUGGAUGCCGCGACCGAAGACAGCUUUAUCAGCGCGGCAGAUUCUACCUGGAGUCCAAAGGAAUUACCAGCCCUCCCGCGGCAAAACACCAAGAAGAAAUUUACCGAAAGAAUGUCUCCAAAAGUUCGCCUGAACCUUUUGAACGAAGAACUGGAAGAACUCAAUAUGAAAUGCAGGAAAAUAGAAGAGGAAUUUGAGAAUGCCGAAAAAGAACUCUUGAACUCCAAAAGAGAAAUGUCUGCAAAAGCCCUAAAUUCUCAGGACACAGGGACAGACGCUUCCAAGAAAGACUGGGAGCUCCAAGCGUUAAGAAAUGACCUAUCUGAAAGAGCAACAAGCGUCCAGAACCUGACCGAAGAGCUCCAUGAAGCCCAAGAGGUCAUCCACAGGCUGAGCCGAGAGAACCGCGACUUAAAAGACGCCGUUAGGAAAUUGAAGCAUCAGACUGAGGUUGGCAACGCGCUCCUGAAGGAAGAAAUGAAAAUGUAUUACGAAUUAGAGAUGGAAAAGAUCCGCGGGGAGCUGGACACCAUCAAGAACGAGCUGAGAGCUGAGAAGAGCCUGCAAGAAAGAAACAACAAGGCCCUGGAGCUGCUGCGGAAGCACUUUGCCUCCGCAGCACCAGCAAGUACCCUCGACAGCUUGACGGAGCAGUUAUUGUAAAACUUACAAAAAUAAAAAAAAGGAGCCUUUCGCGAGGCAAACCUUGGAGCCAAA